UUGUAGUGGUUGUCUCUCUUUUUAUUUUUCUGAAAAAAUUUACAUAUCAGAUUCAACCCCGCAAAAUGAAGCGAUUCGCAUUCGUCACGGUGUUCAUUGUCCUCUCGGUGCUCCUGCAUCAGGCGUAUUCGCAACAAAGCCCGAAGCAGAAACAGUACACGAGUCGCUUCGAUAACGUGGAUGUCGACAAAAUUCUCAACAACGACCGGAUAUUGAGCAACUACAUCAAAUGUCUGUUGGAGAAGGGUCCCUGCACGCAAGAAGGACGAGAACUCAAAAAAACUUUACCUGAUGCCUUCCGCUCCAAUUGCGACAAAUGCACGGAAACUCAACGCCGCAACGCACGCAAAGUAAUUUUCCAUUUGCAGGACAAGAAGCAAAAGGAAUACGCCCAACUUGUCGAGAAAUACGAUCCUGAAGGCAUCUACCGGGAAAAAUGGACAAAGGAAAAUCAACAAUCCUAAAGAAAAAAAUAAUAAUGACAGAUACUUAGAUAAUAAGAUUGAAUUAACUUUGUCUCAAUAUCAUCGUCGUCUCUUGAAAGGCUCGGAGUUUGUCCAUUCCUUAAGACAAAACACGCAGAAGACGAUGACAGAAGAGAGAGAAAGAAGAAAAUUAAAUGAAAAAGUCCACCUUUUAUACUUUUUUUCACGUUUUUCAUUCGCUUGAUGUGAUACUUUAGCAUAACGGACAUCAAGGGAUAUCUCAACUAAACUUUUCUUUACACUUUCCGGUAGAUAGAAGACAGACACGAUGCUAAUGAUACUUAAUAAUGAUGUUGCUACUCAACGUAAUUCGUAUUAUGAUCAUCGACUGUCUUUUACUGCUUUUAUUAUUUUAUAAGCAAGUUUUUACAAGAAAAUGAAAAAAAAAUGUUAUAAGAAUUAAGAUAAG